UAAGAGUGAGUUGCACCACAGGCGUAGUUAAUGCUAUAGUUAAGAUUAAUUUUAGCAGUAACUAUAACGAUGACCACAGAACUUUACAAAUGUUUGUUGCACCAUGAUUUUUUUGUUAACAGUUAACGCUAAUGGGGUUGACAGUAUAAAAAGAUAAAUUAUCCCUAAAAACUGACGGGGAAAAUUAUUUGUUAUGACAACACUGUGAGCCUUAUGUCAAAUUUAUUUUCACGAAUCUCGUUUCGUGAGGUUAGGUUUGUGUUAUUAUAAUUGUUGUGUUUUUGUUGUGUCCGUCUGUUUGCCGAAUCAAGCACGGAUAUUGUAAUAGUAAUAAUGGAUGACUUCAAGACAAAGGAAAGAAGUGUCAAUUUUACUAAGGAAGAGAUUAGUCGAUUGCAGAUACUUGUAGACAAAUAUAAAAUGUACUUAUGUGUAAAAACUGAUGGGAGUAGUACAAAACAAAAAGACCAUGCAUGGCACUGCAUCGCAAAGGAAUUUAAUGCUGUUGGUCAAGUACCUAGAAACAUGAAGCAGCUAAAAUAUAAAUUUGAAAAUAUGAAAAGAUCUGCAAAGAAGGUAGCAAGUAGAGAACGUCAGGAAAUGAGACGCACAGGUGGAGGAAAUCCUCCCUCACUUCCUCCAGAUUCAGAAGAUGCUACUGAUUGGUUAAGAUCCAUUAUGUCUGGAUCUAUUGAUGGAAAUGAGGCUAUAUAUGAUGAUGACAUUAUUUCCCAAAUUCCAUUGUUACAAUUCCCAUAAUUCACAAAGAUAAGGAUUUUGAUGAAAUUCCUCCUAUACAAAAAAAAGUGAAACUAGACACAAAUACUGAUAGUGAAAUUCAACAUGACAUGCCCAAUAUACUCAAGGAUGUUGUAGUCAACACAAUUAUUACAGAUCAAGACAAAAGUUUUGAUAAUGUUGAAAAUAUUGUCCCAGAUGAAGUUUUGAUGCUAGUGCCCCACAUUCAUCACUAAAGAGACCAGUAGCACCACAACUAAGUCGUAUCAUAAAGAAAAAACAAGGGAAGAGUGAAAAUAUCAUAAAACAAGCACUAAGGGAAAAGAAACUGACAGUUUUAGAUGGCCUUCAUGAGUUGGAGAUGGAAAAGAUAAAGUUAUCUAUUAGUCACCAAAAUGAAUUACACAGCCAGUUACUGAGGCACAAUGAAGAAAAACAUAAGCUUGAAGUGGAUAAACUUAAACUUGAAAUAGAUAUUUUAAGGGAGAAAAAAAUAAAUUUUUAAGAUACAUUUUUACUUUUUGUAUAGGAGAAAUUUCAUCAAAAUCCUUAUCUUUCUGAAUUAUGGGAAUCUGAAAAUGCCAUGCACUUUUUGUUUUCUACUGAGAAAAAAAAUAAAAAUGCAUUUUUAUUUUUGAA